UGUAAUUUACGGAAAAAGUUUCACCUUAAUGAAAUGUACAAAACUGGUGAUGUAGUUCUGGGUGGGCUCUUUGAGGUCCACUACUCGUCUAUCUUCCCUGAGCGGACAUUUACCUCAGAGCCACAACAGCCCAUCUGCACUGGCUUUGACACUCUAGGGUUCAGACAUGCCAUGACCAUGGCCUUUACUGUUGAAGAAAUCAACAAAAACUCCAAACUGCUACCAAACGUGACUCUGGGAUACAGUCUUUCUGAUAACUGUGGAGCCCUUGUUGUUGGAUUCAGUAGUGCAUUAUCACUUGCCAGCGGUCGAGAGAAGCAGUUUCUGCUUCAGGAGAACUGUUUAGGGACCCCCCCAGUCAUGGCGAUUGUGGGUGAUUCCCCUUCAACAUUUUCUAUUGCCACUGCCAAUGUGCUAGGUUUAUACAAAAUGCCUAUUGUGAGUUAUUUUUCCACAUGUUCUUGCCUGAGUGACAGGCAACGGUUUCCAUCCUUCUUUAGGACAAUCCCAAGUGAUGCUUUCCAGGUACGUGCUAUGAUUCAGAUUCUCAAACACUUUGGCUGGACAUGGGUUGGCCUGCUGGUCACUGACGACGACUAUGGAAUCCAUGUUGCCCGAUCCUUCCAGUCCGACCUGGCUCAAUCUGGUGAGGGAUGUCUGGCCUACCUACAGGUUUUGCCCUGGGACAGUGACCCAGUUGAACUAAAGAGGAUUGUACAUUUGAUGAAGACAUCAACAGCUCGUGUGGUCAUGGUGUUUGCACAUGAAUUCCACAUGAUUCAUCUCAUGGAAGAGGUGGUAAGACAGAAUGUGACAGACCAGCAGUGGAUAGCAAGUGAAGCUUGGACAUCGGCUGCUGUGCUCCAGACACCCAGCUUCAUGCCAUACCUGAGUGGCACACUGGGCAUCGCCAUCCGCCGAGGAGAGAUAGCAGGGCUCGGGGAAUUUCUUCUACAAGUACACCCUGACCAAAAUGACAAUGUAGAAAGAAAUAACAUGGUGAGGCAGUUUUGGGAAUUCACAUUUCAGUGUAGAUUUGAUCCAGCAGAUUCAGCUAAAGCUGGAGCAGCUCUUUGCACUGGACAGGAAGAUAUUAAAAAAGUGGAUACUGAGUUUUUGGAUGUUUCGAACCUCAGGCCUGAGUAUAAUAUUUACAAAGCGGUAUAUGCUCUGGCGUAUGCUCUUGAUGACAUGCUACAAUGUGAGCCAGGGAGAGGACCUUUCAGUGGGCACAGCUGUGCCAAUUUGCAAACAAUGGAGCCAUGGCAGAUUGUACAUUAUUUGCAAAAUGUCAACUUCACCACACAAUUUGGUGAUCAAGUUUCCUUUGAUGAAAAUGGUGAUGCCUUACCGAUCUAUGAUAUCGUCAACUGGGUAUGGCUCCCUGAUGGUAGAACCAAAGUUCAGAAUGUGGGCAAAGUUAGGAGGUCAGACUCCAAUGUUGAAGAACUCACAAUUAAUGAAGACAAAAUCUUCUGGAACUUUGAAACAAAAAAGCCACCCAGGUCAUUUUGCAGUGAAAGCUGUCCUCCAGGUACCCGCAUGGCCAGAAAGAAAGGGCAACCUGUGUGCUGUUUUGACUGCAUCCCUUGUUCUGGGGGAAAAAUCAGCAACAAAACUGACUCCAUGGAGUGCACCAGUUGUCCAGAGGACUUCUGGUCCAGCCCCCAGCGUGACCACUGUGUUCCUAAGAAAAUAGAGUUCCUCUCCUACCAUGAGCCUCUGGGUAUCUGCUUGACAGCUGCCUCAUUGCUGGGCACAUUUAUCUGCACUGUUGUCCUGGGCAUCUUUAUCUAUCAUCGCAGCACACCCAUGGUACGCGCCAACAAUUCAGAACUGAGUUUCCUGCUCUUGGUUUCACUUAAACUAUGUUUCCUGUGUUCACUUCUGUUUAUCGGCCGCCCAAGGCUUUGGACAUGCCAGCUGAGACAUGCAGCAUUUGGGAUCAGCUUUGUGCUUUCUGUUUCAUGCAUUCUGGUGAAAACCAUGGUGGUUCUGGCUGUGUUCAAGGCCUCCAAGCCAGGAGGUGGAGCCAGUCUGAAGUGGUUUGGUGCUAUGCAGCAGAGAGGGACAGUUCUGGUUCUUACUUCUAUUCAGGCAGUAAUUUGCAUUGCUUGGCUUGUAUCUGCUUCACCAACUCCUCAUAAAAAUACUCAAUACCACAAUGACAAGAUAGUUUAUGAAUGUGUAGUUGGGUCCACAGUUGGUUUUGCAGUGUUACUUGGUUAUAUUGGUUUACUGGCUAUCCUCAGCUUCCUGUUAGCAUUUCUGGCAAGAAAUCUUCCAGACAACUUUAAUGAGGCCAAACUCAUCACUUUCAGCAUGCUGAUCUUCUGUGCUGUGUGGGUGGCCUUUGUUCCAGCCUAUGUGAACUCUCCAGGCAAAUAUGCAGAUGCUGUGGAGGUAUUUGCUAUUCUGGCCUCCAGUUUUGGUCUCUUGGUGGCGCUGUUUGGUCCCAAAUGUUACAUAAUCCUGCUGAGACCAGAGAGGAACACAAAGAAAGCAAUCAUGGGUCGAGGAAAGUCAUGA